AUGGCUGGAGGAAUUAGCGACAUCAAGAAGCUCGACUAUGAAAUUUACAAAUAUUCCAGUUAUUCAUCAUCUUAUCUACCCGAAAAUAUUCGCGAGGAUAAUCCCACCAAUCAGACGUCCCGAUGGUCAUCGAACACAAACAGCCCGCCGCAGUUUCUAAUUCUGAAGUUAGAGCGGCCAGCAAUCGUGACUAAGAUUAAGUUCGGCAAGUAUGAGAAAACGCACGUCUGCAAUUUGCGCAAAUUCAAAAUUCUCGGCGGACUGGAGGAGGAACGGAUGGUGUUGCUGUUCGAGGGUGGUCUUAAAAAUGACUCGGUACCGGAAACGUUCAAUCUGAAGCACCGCACCAGCUCGGGUGAAUUGUUGCCGAUCAAAUUUAUCAAGAUUGUACCGCUGCUGUCUUGGGGGCCUAGCUUCAACUUUUGCAUAUGGUACGUCGAGCUUCUUGGCAUCGAAGAUUCAAUUUUUAUACUCUCCAAUCUGCGCAAGUAUAACAUGUUGCGCGAGGUUGAAAUCGUACGACUGUUCAUGAAACACUGCCGCCAACAAGGAUAUGUCAAAGCUUUUAGCGCGUUGCAGGAAGAAACUGGAGUCCUCUUGGAGGAUGAGAAAAUGACGGAGCUUCACGAAAUUCUUGUCAAUAAAGGAGAUUUUAAGAAGACUGAGGAAAUUUUGCUCGAUUUUAUUAAUAAUGGCCUAAUGGACGACUACCUCUCGAAGCAGGAAUACAAACCUCAUUGGAGCUUGCAGUUAACGCCCGAGCAUGAGCCACGGCCAGGACGACGAGGAGGACACCAACUGAUCAUUGAUCCAUUGACCAGCACAAUCUAUUUGUUUGGUGGCUGGGACGGUAGUGAGGAUUUAAGCGAUUUGUGGUCGUACGACGUAAAGAACAAUCGGUGGUCUUUAAUUCACGAAAAAUCGGAACUUCUGGAAGGACCAACACCUCGCGCCUGCCACAAAAUGGUGUAUGACACGAAAAACUCGCAGAUUUUUAUGAUUGGACGUUAUUUGGAUAGCGCCUCGCGCACUGAGGAAAACAUUACUAGUGAUUUCUACUUAUACAACACCUUAACUAGGACGUGGUUUUUAAUAUGUAACGAUACCGCUCAAGUGGGGGGACCUCAGCUGGUAUACGAUCACCAGAUGUGUAUCGACGUGGACAAACAAACGAUAUAUGUUUUCGGCGGGCGCAUAUUAGAACCGAGACAUUCUUUCUCCUUCAGAAAUGAGGAAGAAACAACGGGCGACUACAAGUAUUCUGGUCUGUUUUCAUACCACAUCAGUACUAACACAUGGAAUCACCUACUGGUAGAUUGUGGACAUCCGUCGGCUGCCAGUCCUCAUGUACAGAGCAUCAAGUCCCGAGUAACUCACUCGAUGUUGUUCCAUCACAAACUUCGGAAGCUGUACAUUUUCGGUGGCCAACGUGGCAAGGACUACAUGACGGACUUUCUGACUUACGACGUGGAAAGCGGUGAAUUAUCCAACAUGACGCCAGAAAACAUUGGAACAGAUUCGAAAAAUGUCCCUCAAUCGGGAUUCACCCAGCGUGCUACUAUUGACUGCGACAAGGAUGAAAUAUACGUAUUGACAAGUCUAAGUAAGGACAAGGAGCGUCGCGACUUAAAUAUCAACUCAUUUUGGCUUUUCUCACUGGCGAAAAAAGAAUGGUGUUGUGUUUAUAAAAGUGACCAUUCGAUAGGUGAAAAUUGCUACUUGAAAAACCAGAAUGCGUGCCCGGAACCGUGUCCACGAUAUGCCCAUCAAAUUGUGUACGACGGAGCCAAUCAAGUUCAUUUCCUGUUUGGUGGCAAUCCUGGAAUGAACUCACAUUUCCGGCUAGAUGACUUUUGGAUGCUGCGGCUGGAGAAACCGACCAGAGAGAACAUUUUGCGCUACUGCAAGUACUUGCUGAGAAAGCAAGAAUAUGAAGAAAUAGCCAAAACGAAUCCACUGUCCGCUAUUUCGUAUUUGCAAACUAAAUUGUAUGACAUCAUCGACCACAACGAUCCGGUACAGCUAAAAGAGUUCCACAAGCUGGCGUCUCUACUCUUUAAAUCGGACAGCGUGGAUUGUGAAACCGAACCAACUAGUCUUUUAUCGUGCCCGCUAGAAGGAAGCCUAAAACCGAAUAGCCAGAAACAUCUCAAUGAGCACGAGCCAAAUGAGGAGAGUGCCAAAAUGAUGCGUGUGGAAUCGCCCAAAAGUGCCGACGAUGCGGACGCUUCUAGUAUCAGCUCGCUCAGCAGCGAAUGCUCCAGUUCACAGACGGCUCGAGCAGUACCGUCGACCUCAUCUAGUUUGUCGUCACGCACCAGAAAAGCAAACGAUCAUGUUUUCGAGCUGAAAAUUCGACGCUGUCUGUUGUACAACAAGCUUGUAGACCUGCUUCCGGAAAACCUCUGUCAGCCAAAGAAAAAUAUCAGUGAUUUUGUGCUUCUAUAAUCGAUAGCAUAUUUUGUUUUCAUCCCUUUUCGCAAACGGAUAUUUUCUACCUUGCCCCCUUUCACCUCCAGACAUUUUGCAUAUUUUUACUUCUUACUGAUCGAAAGAAUUUAAAAUGAGGAAACGGAAAUGUGAUAUUACUAGGUCCCUGUAUUGGAAUUGUUUAAUACGAUUUUUUCAAUGCUACAUUUUUUCUGCAAUAGCCAUUAUGUUAAGAGCUCAUAAAAUGAACACAAAUGAACUUUCCAGUGAAAUCAAUGAAGGAUUCAUUUACGAUAUAGGUUUUUUUUCAAUUGAGUUUUACCAUUGAGAAAGACAAUCACCUCGUCACCUCAAUAGCGACAUAUGUUAAAAACGGACAAUUUUUCGUUAUUAUACAUCAUCAAUUCUAACGUAACUAGUUUUCCAACUCGUACAACGACGCAUCACAAGUUUUUUUUAAUUGUAAACUACUGUUUGAUUACAUUGUUCGAAAAUUGCUGUUUGUAAUAUAA